ACCGCACUCACCUCUUUCAAAAUUAACUUCCUCCAUCCUCUGUUUGCCGAUCUCAUAACUGGGUUUCAAGAAAUGAGUCUGUGCGGUGGGAGUGUUUCUGCGGCAGACUUCACCUGCCAAACCAACUCAAUUCCCAUGCCCGCAGGACAACAGAGUUUGAAAUUUUCAUUUUUACAAGCAAGCAAAAGCACGAAUGGGAGGAACGUCGCCCGUGGUCCUUUGCAGGUAAUGUGUAUGGAUUACCCAAGACCAGAGCUUGACAACACUGUUAAUUUCUUGGAAGCUACUACUCUAUCUUCAUCUUUCUGUCCUUCCCCUCUACCGGCAAAGCCACUCAAAGUUGUAAUUGCGGGGGCAGCUUUAGCUGGUUUGUCCACUGCAAAAUAUUUGGCAGAUGCACGUCACGACCCUCUGUUGCUAGAAGCAAGAGAUGCUCUAGGUGGAAAGGUGGCUGCAUGGAAAGAUGAGGAUGGAGAUUGGUAUGAGACAGGACUACAUAUAUUCUUUGGUUCUUUCCCAAAUAUUCAGAACCUGUUUGGAGAACUUGUCAUCAAUGAUUGCCUGCAGUGGAAAGAGCAUUCUAUGAUAUUUGCAAUGCCAAAUGAACUAGGAGAGUUUAGCUGGUUUGAUUACCCAGAAGUUCUACCUGCACCUUUCAAUGGAAUAUGGGCCAUAUUGAAGAAUAAUGAAAUGCUGACUUGGCCAGAGGAAGUGAAAUUCGCAGUUGGGCUCCUGCCAGCAAUGAUUGGUGGGAAGGCUUAUGUUGAGGCUCAAGAUGGUUUAAGAGUUAUGAAGAAUUGAUUUUCCUCUAUUAUUUUUCCGUGGUUUUGCACUUCUAUUCCUUUGUUUUCUCCCUUGUUCUUCCUUUUUAUUCUUUAUUUAUUUUAGCAGAUCAGCAAAUAUAUCAUGAUGUCUAUUGGUUUGACAGAAAACUGAAGAACAUAUAUGAUCAUUUACUCUUCAGUAGGUUGUGCUUUGCUAGACGCACUAUGAAGUUUCUAUUUUCCAUAACAGUUUUUGUCAAUAGAACUUAAUUUAAUUAAAAACCAACAAGAUGGUGGACCUUAUUGGAAACAUUAAUUUUGGGGUAAGGUCAUACUUCAAACCUCUGCAAUAGCUAAGCACACUAAUUUCUCAUCUGUCAAUAAUUUAAUAUAAUAAAAUUCGAACAUCACUACAAGGUAUGUUAAUGAAAUUCUGGUUAUGCAUUUCCAUAUACCCAAAAACUGAAAUAAUCCCAUCUCUACCAUGAUUUUGGUGUUAAAUUGACAAGACCUUUUGUCUGCCAGAAUCAUUGGAAUGAAAAUUCACAUUUGCA